AUGCCUUUGUCGGCUCCGUGUGCUGUCGCCGGUUCGAGUGAGAAGCCAUCGUCGUGUGUCCGCACGAAUGGUAACCAUCAAUCGCCGUGUGCUGGCACGAACGACACUAGAAGUAAAAUACAGAUGAAUCCUCUCGACUGGGCGUAUCGCGGCGAAGGUUCCGCGAACAUUGUCAUGUCUUACUGCGGCCAUGAUCCAUCCCUGAAAGGCAUGGUGCUGCGCGUGUGCAAGGAACGACCGGAUUCCCACCACCCAGGAGCAGAGGUGGUAGCUGGAGAGUCCCUAUCCGGAGGUUCGGCAGGAUCCUCAGAAGCAGGCUCGGCAUCAGGCUCGGCGGCAGGCUCGGUGCAGCCCGAGCCUGUGCUGCGUCCGGAGGAGCGGGAGCUGUGGGGAGAAGUGGUGCCGGAGCUGGCAAUGGCUCCGGAUCGAAUUGACCUGCUUCACCAAUACGUGUCUAGGGUCAUGGCUCCACUCAUAGGAGAAGAGUUUGUGGAGGCAGGGACGACAGUGAUGGUUCCUCGUAGCUUCCUAGAGCAGGUGGCGGAUCACAUACGGCCAAGGCGGCCCCCCUGGCGGCAGGCUCAGGGCGACGUGGACCUUCAGAUAGAAGAGGCGCUGCUGGUGACGGAUCUGACCCACCUGCACCUGGAGGACGAGGAGUGGGAGGAGGACUGGGAGGAGACGGUGCGGGAGGAUCGACUUGGGUACAACGGCACGACGUUCUGUAUUGAGCUCAAGCCCAAGACUGGGUUUUGCCCCUCUUCCCCGUGCAUUGCACCGGCCAAUCACGUGAAGACAGCUGUCGCCCGCUUCCCCAUGCACCAGCAGCUGAAGCUGUCAGAAGGGGAGGUGGCAGAGAGCAGCGCAUACAACCCUCUAGACCUCUUCUCCUCCUCGCGCCCCCGCGUUCUGUCUGCUCUGAGAACGGAGGAGAAAGCGCAGGAGGCAGCAGGCUUGGCUGCUGCUGAAGCAGCUCUGGAAGGGUUUGUGUGUGCUGGGAAGGAGGAGCCAAGCAGUAAUACCAGCGCAACAGCUGCUGCUGAAUGUUCACCAGCGAAAAGUGGUUCUGGUUUACCAGCAGUAGAAUCACCACCCUCCGCGCCUCAUCUGAGUCACCCUCGGGUUGAUGCUCUCUUAUCCCUUGCAACAGAGUGCCUCGUGCAGUGCAGGGCGCUGGAGAAGUUGUUGGCAGCACAGAAGCUGGAUAAGUGGGAUAUUGAAGGGACGAUUCAUGCUUAUAAUGAGUUUAUGAAGCAGAGGAAGUCAACGCUUUCAGCCCCUGCUAGUGGUGGUGGUGGUGCUGCUGCUGCUGCUGGUGCUGCUGAGGUUCCAAAAGAGAUCACGGAAGACUGCAGGAAGGUUCUUCGCGAUUUCCUCAUUGCAGCAACGGCAAAGGACUGUGGUAUCAUGCUGGCGCUCCGUGCAGCAAUCCCUGGGGAGACUCUGGAAGCUUCUCAGAAGCUUCGCAGCGUCGUGUGCCCGUCCAGCUGCCGCAAGUAUUUCUACAGGCUUUCCAUAAUGGAUCUGGACAUAAAGCCACUGCGAAAGAUGCCCAAGUACUGGAGCAUGGACCAGCAAAUUGUCAAACACUACUGCUAUGUUACAGGGGACAUUGGGUCGUCAGGCGGGCUGAGGCGCACACAGACGCUCGACUCGCACUCCUUGUAUCCCGACCUUGAUAAGAUCAUGGAGGAGAAGGAGCAGGGGGUGGAUUUUUGGAAGGUUCGGUCCACGAGCCUGGAGGUUCGGAUCAAAGAAGCGGAGGACGCUCGGGCGAGCAUCACUGCCCAGGCUGUGGCUCUGGCACAACGCAACCAGGAGCUGACGAGCAGACUGAGGCAGUUUCAAGAGGAGGGCGACACAGCGGCGUUUGCAGCCCUGGAGCAGCAGCUCACAGACGUCAAGCUCCGCCUAGACCGCGCCCUCCACGAAUGCUCCUCCCUCGCUGGCACCAGCAGCGGCAGGGCAGCGCUGGGAGGAGCGCUAGGCCUGGAUCCCUCUGGAAACAUCACCAUGCGUAUUGAUAAUAAUCUGAACAGCAGCAGUGGGGGGGGUUUGGCUGCGUUGGGGUUAGGGUUAGGGUCUGCUAGAAGGAUGGGCGCCGGGAGUUUUUUUCCCGAUGCUGCCGGGGCUGCUGGGGGGGGAGCGGGGCGCGUGGAGGGGAAAGGAGGCGGAAAAGGAGGAGGGGGGAUGGGCGGGGCGAGUGACGGGUUGAAUCUUCAGGUGGCUUUGGAAAGGGCGCCUUUUAUGAUUGCGCACCUGGACACGAGCCUGAGAUACACCUGGGUGUUCAACCACAACCUGCUGGUCAAUCAGGAUAUGAUAGGCAAGAGGGACUAUGACAUCCUGCCACGUGGCACUCUGGGAGUGGAGGAGGCGAUGGAGAUCAAGCAGCGGGCGCUGGCCACAGGCAAGGCACAGCGGGGCGAGGUGGUGUGGCAGCUUCCUGGAAGGUCCCCCAUGGUGUGGGUGACGACUGCCCGGCCAAUCAGGGAUGAGAAGGGGCGGACUGUGGGGGUGACUACAUCGAGCGUGGAUAUAACAGAAGAGGCGCAGUACAAGGAGCGGCUGAUGGCUUUAAGAGCCGAGAUGAUGGUGCGCAGCACAACGGAGAAGGAGCUGCGGCGCGCAUACGAGCUCACAGAGGAUGCCAUGCGCGCCAAGUCCAUGUUCCUCGCCAUCAUGUCCCAUGAGAUCCGCACGCCCCUCAACGGGAUCCUCGGAUUGGCCGAAGUUCUGCUCGAAUCUGGAGCGUUGGAUGAGGAGCAGCGCGAGAUCGUGGAGACGAUGAUGUCUUCGGGCGUGAUCAUAUCGGAUAUUCUCGCAGAUAUUCUAGAUCUCGCGAGUAUGGAGGCUGGGGAGAUGAAGCUGGAGGAGCAUCCCUUUGAGCCCGUCGCGGUGGUGAAUCAUAUCUUGAAAAUGGCCAUGGCUGCGACUAAGGAGAAGGGGAUAAAAGUCCUAGCAGAUAUUUCCCCGGAUAUCCCGACGCAGAUUAUAGGAGACGAGCUGCGCGUGCGGCAGGUGAUUAAGUACCUGGUUUUGAAUGCGAUUAAGUUCACGCACACGGGGCAUAUCUUGCUGCGGGUGUCGGCACAUGAUAGGGAUCCCUCUGCUGCUAUCGUGAAGGCUACUGGCGCGUAUGCUGUGGGGGGGUGGAACGUUCCGGGAGGUGGAGGAGCAGGAGGAGGAGGAGCGGGUGGGUUUGGUGCUGCUGCUACCUUAGGCCGCGGGAAAGGGCUCGCUGUGGAGAUGCAUAGUCAUAACAAGGGCGCGAGAGGAGGGGGAAGCGGUCGGUUACCGCUGUUGUCAGAUGUUACGGAGGAGCAUUUGAAGAAGCUGGCUAAGAAGGGGAAGGGGAAGGCGGCAGCAGUGGAGAGGCAGAUAGGCGGGGAUAUGGACGUGUGGCUGUGGUGCGAGGUCCACGACACAGGCGUGGGGAUCCCCAAAGACGCGUUCCUUCUCCUCUUUGAGAAAUUCACCCAGGUGGAGGGCGGCCCGACAAGAGCCUACGGAGGCACCGGGCUGGGCUUAGCUAUUUGCAAGCAGCUGGUAGAGCUGAUGCAUGGGAAGAUGGCGAUUAAAUCGAAGGUCGGGACCGGGUCGGUGUUUGCGUUUUCCGUGUGCUGCCAGCGGACUACUCCCCGCUCCCGCCCUGCGUCCCCCACGGGUGCGAGCGCGAUCGCUGCGGCUGUGAACGCGCCGUUCGGGUUUCCAAAGAGUGUGUCUCUGUCGGGGCCUUCCCCUGGGUCGGUGGCUCGGGCGCUGUCUCCUGUGAGGGAGCAUAUGGGGCAGGUGGGGGGCGGAAGAGGGGAGGGAGAGGAGGAGUAUACAGAGGAGGAGGAAGAGGAGGAGGAGGGGGAUUAUGAGAGCGAGUAUACAAAUGACUCGCCGAUUGCCAUCACGCCGAAGCACCUGCGGCAACCACGGGGAGCAGCAGGAGCAGGAGCAGGAGCAGGAGCGGGAGGGGGAGCAGGGGGGGCGGGAGCAGGGGUGGUGGGAGGGGGGUUGGCGGGGCUGCUGGCAAGAGCCAAGGCGAUGAAAGGGGAGGUGGGCGGGUCGGGGGAGGGGCUGCCUGGGGGAGGUACAUCUGGUGCAGGCGCAUCGGCGGGUGCUCCUGGGUCGCUGCCUUCCCUGUCCCCUGCUUCUGCUAAGGGCCCAGAUACGAAGAUCCUGGUGGCUGAAGACAACCCUGUGAACGUGAUGGUGCUGCUCUCCAUGCUCAAGCGCCUGGGGCUGCGAGCCACAGUGGCCAAGAACGGAGUGGAGGCGUUGGAAGCGGUGAGGAGGGAGCGGUUUGACCUGCUGCUGUCAGACCUUUGCAUGCCGCUCAUGGAUGGGCUCCAGGCGGCCUACCUCAUUCGGCAGUAUGAGCGCACGGGCGUGUUUCCAGAGGAGGAGGUGGAGCGAGCAAAGCACAGGGGAGCGCCGGCAGGGGAUGAGAAAUCCGGAGUUGCCUGGCAGCCCCCCUCCAACGUCCCCCUCUCCUCCCACCGAGGGGCCCUCCCCCGCCUCCCCAUCGUAGCCGUUACCGCAAACGCUCUUAAGGAGGAUGAAGAGCGGUGCUAUGCGGUUGGGAUGGACGGGUUUCUGGGGAAACCGGUGCAGUUUCCAAAGCUGAAGGAAGCGAUUUCUGAGUUUAUAGAACUCCCCGGGUCACGAUUGCUGCCAGGAGCUGGGAGUGGAGUGGGUGGGGGGGUUGGGAGAGGGGGAAUUGGGCAAUCUAACCCCCCUUCAGGGGCAACAGGAGGGUUAGUAUCCAUGGGGAGCGGGGUAGCAGCACUCCUAGCAGGUAUCCCCCCACAAGCUGCCGCCCCCAGCUUCCCAGCCCCGUCCAAGCUCUCGGGCGGCGUCCAGCGUCUCGUAGUGCCCGCCCGGCCGAGCAGUUACAGUGGAUCGGGAUCGGUGAGUGGGAGCAUGACCUACACAGGGGAUGAGGAGGAUUAUCAAGGUGAAGAGGGGGAAUUCGAUGAUGAUUACGAUGAGGAAUAUGAUGAUUACGAGUCGACUGUAUAUUCGCCUAGGUCUGCAGCGGUUAAGCGCGGUGCUAGGACUCCAGGAGGGGCCAGCACUGCUAGAACCCCGGGGGGUGCUAGUGUGGCUAGGACCCCGGGAACUACUAGAAGCUUCCGCACGUCGAUGUUUUACGAUGGGAGGGAGGAUAGGAGCGUGCAUAAUGGUGCGGAGAGUGUGUAUGGGGGUGCGGCUAGUAGCGUGGGGGGAUAUAGUCGUGCCACAGCGAGUGCUACUGUAGCGGGUAACGGUGGUGCUUUUCUGAGGCAAAACGUGGGCACAGGUGGCAAUGCUGUUGCUGCUGCUGCUGCUGCUGCUGCUGGCGCUGGUGUUGGUGGUGACGGUGCUGCUGGUGGUGGCUUCGGUGGUAUUGGUGGUGGAGGGGCGAAUGGUAUUGGGGCAGGUGGGGCAGGUGGGCUUGGGGUAGGUAGUAUUGGGGCAGGUGGAUUAGGAGGAGGUGGGUUUGCUGGCCAGGCAGCUGGUGGGCUGGCAGGAGGAGCACCAGGUGGAAUUUCAGUGCUGGUGGUGUGGGAGGUAUGGGGUUAA